CAGCAAGCCAGCCCCGGCCCUCCUUCCGCCAUAGUUUUCUGUCGCCGAGAGGCGUCGCCGCCCUCGUCCUCCUUCCCGCUUCCACUGGCGCGGAGUGGAGAUCCACCCGUCCGGACUUGGAUCGGUUCCUUCUCCUGUCUGUGUGGUUCUUCUCCUUGAGCGCGCAAGAUCAAUCUCAGUUGGUCCACCAUGUCCCACGUCGAGCCCGCCGCCACCGGCGCAGACCAGGGCGGCGAGGGGGCGGUCGUGCCGCUGGAUGAUGGCGCUGCCAGUGGCGAUGGGACCACGGAAGCUCAGCUGGCGGUCGUUUCCAACUCCGGCGACGAAGCGGCGGGGAGGAGGGAGUACGGCGACGAGGCCGAGAACGAGGAGGAAGCCGCGACGGUGCACGGCAGCAAGGAGGGCACCGAGGAGCUGCUCCGGAAGGUGGUGUGCAGCGAGGAGGCGGCCUACAAGCUCUACUGCGACUACGGCCACCGCAUGGGGUUUAGCAUCCGCAAGGGGAAGCAAUCCUACUUCACCGGCACCAAGAGGAUACGGACCAAGGACUACUUCUGCUCCAAGGAAGGGCUCAAGGAAGGGGAGAAGCUUACUGAUGCUAACUUCAACGACCCACACACCAGGACCAACUGCAAGGCCAUGGUCCGGUUCAGGGUGAACGACCAGGGGGAGUGGAAGGUUAUUCGGCUGGUCUCUGAUCACAACCACAACCUGGCGAGGCCCGAGGAACGGCACCUUUUGCGGUCUGCAAGGUCACUUAUAGCAGGGAGGUCGAGUUCUGUCGAGGCAAUGUUGUAUGCAGGGUACCAGGUGCAAAGUAACCCUCCCCAAUUGCCUGCGGGAAGCACUAGUGCAACCAACAAUGUGGAGACUUUGAAGCAGGAUUUGCUAGUCGGGUACGGUACUAUGGCAAAGGCACCGGCCAUAGGUACUGGAGACUUGCAGAGCCUUGUGAGCCACCUGAAGAGCAGGGCAAAUGAAGAUGGCAUGUUCUACUGGGAUGUUCAAUUAGAUCAAGGUGGUCGGAUGACUAAUUUCUUUUGGCGUGAUGGAAGGAGCAGGAUUGACUAUGACUAUUUCGGUGAUGUGGUUGUGUUUGAUUUGACUUAUCGCUUAAACAAACAGAACGUGGUAUGUGCGCCUUUUGUUGGCGUGAACCACCAUUGGCAGACCACUAUGUAUGGCUGCGCGCUCUUAGCUGAUGAGUCGAUGUCAACUUUUUUGUGGUUGUUCAAGUCCUUCUUGGAGUCCAUGGGGAACCGGCAUCCUCGAUCCAUUUUCACGAAUCAAGAUCAAGUUAUGUCCAAAGCAAUUGAAGAGGUUUUUCCAAAUACAUGCCAUCGCAUUGCUCACUGGCACAUCCAAAAGAAUGCCACUUCUCGUCUUGGUUCUCUUAAUGGUUCAAAAGCGUUCAAUAAGAUGUUCAUCAAGUGUAUGCAGGGAUGUGACUCGGAAGCAGAGUUUGAAGAAACAUGGGCUGAAAUGCUCCGUGCAUUUAAGUUGCAGGACAAUAAGUGGCUUAAGAAACUGUAUAAGCUCAAGCAGAAAUGGUGUAGUGCUCUCAACAAGUACAUCUUUGAUGGCGGGGUUGAGUAUGAGCCACAAUGUGACAGUAUGAGUAACAUAUUCAGUGGCAUUGCUGAUAAAUUGACCUCUCUUUCCGCAAUUGCUGUUGCUGUGGAUAAACAGACUGAAGAUUGGCGGGGAAAAGAGUAUGAUGAGGACACACGGUGUUGCCAAAAGCCACCUGCUUGUAUUAUAAAGCACAGUGAUAUUUUGAAUCAUGCAGCAAAAGUUUAUACACAUAGAAUCUACAAGCUGUUCGAGACGGAUUUUCUCGACGGGUGUGGUGCCACAAAAUUUAAGGAGCUUCAGUGUGAAGACAAUAACACAUAUCAAUUUGAGAUGACCAUGCAAGGGCGAGGGUCAAGAGUCUGCACCGUUCAUUUCAAUAUGAAUAUGAUGCAAAUCACUUGCAGCUGCAGUAAGUUUGAGACAAUGGGUUUACUUUGCCCGCAUGCUCUGAAAGCUCUUAGUAUCAAGAAUGCAUGCAAAAUUCCAGAAAUUUACAUACUGAAGCGGUGGACCAAGGAUGCGAAGAAAUGGGUUUUUAACCCAAAACAAUAUGAACCAUCAUAUCAGGAAUGUAUGGACGAUGAAGCUGCAUACUGCAAAUAUGUUAUGCGGUAUGCUUAUGACCUUGUGAUUAAGAGCCAAGGGCAGGAGGAAUUGAGGAAAACGCUGUGGAAUACUCUUGAGAGUGGAGAGAAGGAACUGGAGACAUGCCUAGGAAAUGUUAGCCAGUAUGCACCUUCGUAUGCCACUUGAAAGAAGCACUAAUUAAGCUUCUGGACUUUCUGCUGAAGAUGAGCAAGAUGCACUUCCGGGUUCUUUGGAAGUUGCAUGCAGAACUUCACUUGUGCUGACUCAAACUGUACUCUUAAGAAAUGAAAAUAGUUUUUUUUUCAAA